AUGCGAAUACAAUCAAACGGAGUUUCGCUCCUCCUCUCCAUCCUACCAAGCCUGGCAUCUGCAACUGCGUCAGGCUUCGACUGCGCGGACAUCAAGAUCGACAAUUACAAAUACGAUCUCAGUCCCCUAAAAGGCGUCCACGAGUUGACUGACAGCGUCACGACCGAUGACUACGUGACAAAUACGACCUACCGAUUGAAUAUCUGCAAUGUUCUCGAGGGCGCUGCGCGGUAUGACGGUGCGACGUGCGGAACUGGCAAAAACGCUUGCGGAUUCGUGCACCGAACACCGAAGGACGGAAAUGGCGGUUCUACGUUUGGUUUCUCGAUCGUCGGGCUUGACCCUGCUGGCAAAGACCCGAAGAACCCAGAACCGAAGCGAUUGAAGGAUAUCGACCCAGAGACCGAGGGACUGCGCGUGAAACUGGAAGGUGGCGCAUACAAGGCAGAUCUCAAUGACCAGAAGUUCAAGAAGGCAGCUGCUAUCAUUGACUUCCAGUGCGACCAUGAGCGAUCUGGACUGGAGGGUCUGCAUACGAUUGCAGAGGAUUCGGAGAAGGAGCGACAACGGCGAGCGGACGGCGAGGAAGUCGGUGCUGUGCCGUCGGGAAACGGCACAUCGGGAAACAAUAACAGCAGCAGUCUGCAGUUCAAGAGCUUUGCUCCGUCGGAUGAUGAUACCUACAUUCUGAGACUGGAUUGGCGCACAAAGUACGCCUGCGAUGAGUUCGAGAAGGAGAAGGGCGAUACUCCUGGCUCUAAGAGCUGGGGUUUCUUUACCUGGUUGCUCAUCAUUGCCUUCCUCUGCAUCGCCGCAUACCUCAUCUUCGGUUCCUGGCUCAACUACAACCGUUACGGUGCCCGUGGCUGGGACCUCCUCCCCCACGGCGACACCAUCCGCGACAUCCCAUACCUCUUCCAGGACUGGCUCCGUCGUGUGGUCAAUACUCUGCAAGGAGCGGGCUCGCGGGGUGGCUACAGUGCGGUAUGA